CGUUUAAAGCCAGUAGGAGAAUAAGCUCUGAAAUAUUUAACUGGUAGUGAACGCGUGCACUUGAUUCAUAUCGCUGUUAAUAAACGUUUUUAUUUUAAUGCCCAAGCGCUCAUCAAACCAACUCCAUCAACAGGCUGAUAAAUCAUAAAACAGAAACAAUUAAAAAAUUUCCGUAACUAACAGUAAUUGCUACGUAAUGUCGUCACCACUGCUGAGCGCUCAAUGCGCAGCUCAGAGUAUUGGCCCGGUCAACACAAUGGUCAGCACGCUAAUACAAGCGUUGCUCGCCGCACACUGCGCCAUCUCGCCACCUGACUUGUGGCCACCAGAUUACGCUGAUCAACUACUGAGAAAAGGAGAAGAUACAUACGAUUUCGUAGUCAUAGGCGCCGGCUCUGCGGGUUCCGUGAUAGCCAGUCGAUUGAGUGAGAAUCCGAAUUGGAAAGUGUUGGUGCUUGAAGCGGGCGGAGAUCCUCCACAAGAGUCUGAGGUGCCCAGCACUUUAUUCGCUCUGGAACAUUCAAAAGUAGACUGGAAUUAUUUGACUGAAUACAGCGAAAAGUCUUGUUGGGGCUUGGUUGAUAGACGUUGCUAUUGGCCGCGUGGUAAAAUGAUAGGUGGCACGGGUGGUAUGAACGGUAUGCUUUAUAUACGCGGCCAUCGAGGCGAUUACGACGAUUGGGUACAGGCUGGUAACACAGGUUGGGGUUGGGACGAUGUGGUACCGUAUUUCGAACGCUCAGUACGACCAGUUGGUAAUGGCACGCAUCCUCAAGGAUACGUUACACUCAACGCGUUUCCGGUCAACGACGCGGACGUUGAAAAUAUGGUAUAUGGAGGCACUGCAGAAUUAGGUAUACCCCGUGUACGCGAGUUCACCGAAGGCAGCGAGAUGGGAUAUUCCAAUUUGCCAGGUACAUUUCAAAAUGGACGACGCAUAAGCACAGGCAAGGGCCACCUUGCGAAAGUUUCGCAACGCCCAAACCUACAGGUCAUCAAAAAUGCGCUUGUGACAAAUUUAAAUUUCGAUGAUAGUGGUGAAAAUGUACGUUCAGUCAGUUUCAUUGUACGAAACAAACAUAAAAUGCGAGUAAAUAUUGGCAAAGAGUUGGUGUUAUCGGCUGGCGCAAUUGAUUCACCAAAGCUGUUAAUGUUGUCUGGUGUGGGUCCGGCAGUGCAUUUGAAGCAACUGAACAUUCCAGUGGUCCAUGACUUACCUGUCGGCAAUAAUCUGUAUGAUCACGUGCAGGUUGUGACAUUCUUGAAAUUAAACGAGCAUUUGGCACGGCCUCUAACGCCCCUAGAUAGCCUAGAUAACAUUUACAACUAUCUAAUUCACCAGAAUGGGCCUUUAGCUUCUCACGGCACUGCGUCGCUAGUAGGAUUCAUCAAUACGCUCAAGAAUGGUCCAUACCCGGAUAUUGAAUAUCAUCAUUUCACUUUGCGACGAGGUGAUUUUGAUGGCCUAGAAACUUUCCUUACUGGCCUUAAUGUCAAAGAAGAAUUUAAAGCUCAUAUACGAAGAGUGAUUGAAACUGCGGACGUUUUGGGCAUCUUCAAUGUGCUCUCGAACCCAAAAUCCACGGGAAACAUACGCCUGCGAAGCGCUGAUUACAGAGAUCCACCUAAAUUGACACCCAACUACUUUAGUGAUCGCGAAGAUGAGGCGACGUUAUUGCGCGCAAUCCGCUUCCAAGAGCAACUGCUAAACACCGCAGCAUAUAAAGCAAUGAACGCGUCUUUAAUACUACCCCUGAUUGCCGAGUGCAGUGUCUUUGAGCUACAGAGCGACGACUAUUGGCGUUGCUACAUUAAGUACUUCUCAUGCACCACUUAUCAUCAGGCGGGCUCUGUGAAAAUGGCGCCCGAGACGGAUCAGACGAGCUGUGUGAAUCCACGUUUGCGUCUGCGUGGUGUUGGAAACUUGCGUGUGGCCGAUGCUAGCAUCAUGCCAAAGAUUCCCAGUGCAAAUACAAAUGCGGCUACAAUUAUGAUUGCUGAGAAGGCUGUAGAUUUCAUACGCGAAGAUUGGCAAGGUUAGGAGCUUUAUUUACAAGUUCAAGUGUUAUGCGAAAAUGUAGAGAUUUAGGGGUAUAAUGGUUUGAG